AUGAAUGAGCGUUCGGCCUUCAGAUCGCAGCUCAAGAAGGCUCUUGAUGCUUUCGGGACAAAAAAGAUAUCGACUGCAUGGGCUGAUCUUGGGCCUCUUGAUCCUCAAAUUUCAAUUGACGAAAAGUAUGCGGUCCCGUCAUAUCUUGGAGGUCAACUACCUGGCAUAUCGCAGGCAGCGCAUCAGUCGUCCUAUUACGAGAAGAGCGAACACCUCGCGGACACUGACACAGAUAACGUUAUCGAACUUAAGUCCUGCGAAUUCAAAAUUGCCAAUCCUGGUUUCGGGGCGUGUAUCAAGCGAGUUUCUGCCCAAAUCGCUCAUCAGAUGGGUGUUACGGAACGUUUCAAAAUAACGCUUAAGAGGAUGUUCAUCUACCAGAGCGGUCCAGUCGUUAUACCAGAUUCUGAAAUUGAGAAGCCCGGGAGGUUUGCGAGGCUUUUCGUUAGCUUGCCAUCUGGUUGCACAGGAGGCCAGGUGGAAAUCCGGGAUCAAGACAGACAAAAGGUUCAAUUCACUGAUGACGAUGGUCUAUUGGUAAAGGGCUGGUAUUCUUAUUCGGUGCAAGGGAUUCGUCCUAUCAUCUCGGGACAUCGACGGGUUCUCAUGUACAAGCUCUGGAUUGAUGCACCGCAAUCACCCCCGGGAGCCAGUCUCGAGACCCAGCAGGCUAAAGCACUUUCUGAGUGCCUUCGAACAUGGCUCGAUCAAAGCAAAAGGCCAUUGCAUCACGCUUACUAUAGGCUUCAUCACCAAUACACAAAGGCCGAUCUCUCUCUCUACGGCCCGAGGAAUUCAGACCGCGUGAUUGUUGAUGUUCUGAAGGCCCUGUCAGAGGUCUUGACUGUUGAAAUAUUUGUGAGCACACUAAUACAGGAUGACAAAAGACACGACGGCUGGACCGGUGGCUACGGCAAGAGAUCAGCUUAUAUCGAUAGCGGGCUAGUGGGCGCUGGUCAAUCUCAAUCUAAUUUCGAAGCUCCGCAUCCUCUGGACGAGUUCCCCCUCACCGUCUUGACGAUGGUUGACAUCCAUGGAUCUGAAAUCAUCCAAGCAGGUUUCGCGAAAGAAGACAACGUGCUUCAAGAAGUAUGUCUCGCUGGCACUGAUAUGGAGAAAAGUUACGAUGCGCAUUCGGGCUAUCCGGUCAAUUCAUCUUUAUAUCCCUCUACGCAUCAAAGGCCCUGGAAGAACACUGUCUCCUAUGCUCCUGGCUGUAACCAGUUUGCAGCUGUGGUUAUCGUUCCUCGCGACUCGCUCGGAGAAUUCUUCGAGAUUUGCUGGGGAGGAAGCUCUUACAUUCCUGGGUACAAGCCUCAAAGGAUCAGAAACAUGACCAAUGCGCUACGCUACGUCGAAAGAUCUCUCGCUCGUGCACCUAGAAACCCCGGAUCCGUCAAAUCCUUAAAGCUCAUGUGCCAACGUGUUUUGCAACCAAUCAAUAAGCAUCCAUAUCAAGUUGAAUCCCGCAAGACAGUGCAGCUAACGGAAGUCGAUCUUACCAAUCUCACCAAGACUGCUUUUUUAUCCGAGGAUCGAGAAUUGAUCACGAUGGCUCGCGAUCUACACACGGGCAACUUAUCUCUUGAGUUCUUCACAUGGGCCAAGACGAAAAUCGAUGCCGGGGUCAUGAAUAUCAGAUUUGCCAAGAAGGAUCUUCUUGAGGCCAUUGUGCGAUAUCCUAUUCUCUGGAAACAGCAACGCGCCCUGGAGUAUCUCUUUCCACCAACCAGAGACGCAAAAACCAAAUGGCCGGAUGAGAUUUUGCCGUUCAUCAUCACGGUUCAUGAGAGUGUCCUGGGGAUAAUGUCCGUGCAGAGGCUGGGUUUCAAAGAUGGAAAAGCCGUUGUUGACAUGCUUGGUUACCAUGAUGACAAAUUCUUUGCUGCUCGGAAAACUUAUAAUAUUGUUCCUGCCGUUGUUGCGCAGACUUCACAAAUGUCAUUCAUCUAUGGAUUCCUGAACAGGGUGGGUUCUCGGCGCCGCCAAGCCGUUUCCCAUCGUGCAAGCCUUUCCGAUAUAGGGAUGAAAGUCGCCAAGGUCUUUGUUGAGACGAUCGAUGUGACCAGGAUCGCAGGACUGUGCAAGAUUUCAGCAGCCUCAGUGCAGGACCCUCGACAAUAUUUCAGCAUCAACUUCAGCUCCCAAGAUUCUCGCCAGGGGCUUCCGGAUCACGCUUGCACGAAUUUGGCUCAUGUUCUCGUCAAACUGGCCAGGAGAGACGAGACCAAAAGCCUGGUCUCAACCUUUUUCGAGAGAAUUUGCGACCAGGUCCCUAGUUUCUCGGAAGAUGAAUUCCACUGGGGCUGGCUACCCUUCCUUAUCACCCUCACGAGGAUACUUCAAGCAAAACAAGGGUCUUUGUCAGAUCUGGGUGCCACCAAGGUAUCCGCCACAAUAAUCAAGUUCUAUAUUGACAACUAUAUUGGCGAACCUCCUACCAUGGCCGGAAACUUGAAACUGCCCACAGUGCGAUGUCCAUCCGACUGUAACGAUUGCUCUGCUCUCAAUGCAUUCCUCCAAGACCCGACGCGACAAGUCGGCAGGUUCCCGCUCAACAAGGAACGCAGACAGCAUCUGCAUUCGAAACUCGACAUUGCCCGCAUUGACUGCAGCCAUGUGACUGAGCGAAGUGGAAUUCCUCAAACACUGGUGGUGACCAAAGGAGCCCAUAAGGAUGCAGAUGCCCAGGUAGCUUGGUCUCAGAGGCGAAGUGUGGCGCGGUCAUGGCUUCGUGAAUUUCGACUCCAAGAUAUGGAUUCAUGGCUGGGGAAAGAAUUUGAGCCUUUGAUGAUCAAGGCUGGCUUGCUUGCGCCUUCCCGUCGAACCUCAGGAAAGAUAGAAGACCGUUUGCCGCCACUGCCCGGAUUGGUCCGGGGACUCCAGAAUAGAGAUAUGGGAUCAAGAGUCACGAAUCCACUGGGACUGUCGGCAGAAGCGGCGAGGGCAGAAGCGACGAGACUCAUAGGCUUUUUAAAUUAUCCCCACCAGCCAGCUCGAGGCGCACCUCCUUCAUCUCACACACGGACUUGGACAACCGAGCCACCUCGACCAGGGGCAUCGGCCCAACCUUGGACUGCGACAGGGAGCUUAGUGAACAAUCUACGUGAACUACCGGCACCCCCUGUACCUGCUCCAACAGCCUCGGCGUCUACUCUCCGGACCGCUGGCGUCAAAAGAAAGGCUGAUGCUAUCGAGGUGGUCGACUUAACUUGA